AUGGCUGGUGUCGGAGAAGGCAAAAACAAGAAAGGAGACAAUGGGAUUGGAAAUGCCAUUGACUUUGUCCUCUCAAAUGCCAGGCUGGUGCUAGGGGUUGGUGGAGCAGCUAUGUUGGGCAUUGCAACAUUGGCUGUUAAGAGGAUGUAUGACCGGGCAAUCAGUGCCCCGAGCAGCCCCAGCAAAAUGGAUAUGAGAUCUGGGAAGCAAAGCUGGGAGGAGCCCAGCUGGAUUGGGUCAUCGCCACGUUUAUUGACUAGGGAUAUGAAAAUGAAUGUUAGCAGAUCACUUCAGACCCUGCCAACUGGCAGCUUGAGCUUUGAAGCAGGUACUUCCAAAGGCACUGCUUCCAGCAAGAAAACCCAAAUGGACUUGAAGAAAGCUCGACUCUGUUUGUCCAUGCAGGAUAAGCUACUCGUGUAUUAUCGUAAGCACGUUGUCAUUCCAAGUGCAGAAAUGAGCCGAGCCAAGCAGGCUGCUAUGGACAUUUGCACAGAACUACGAAAUUUCAUCCAUGCCAAGUUUCCUGAUAUGCCUCUCCGGGAUAUGUAUCUUAGUGGCAGCCUGUAUGACGAUCUACAGGUGAUCACUGCAGACCAUGUUCAGUUGAUGGUUCCACUGAUCCUGGAAAAAAACCUCUGGGCUGCAAUCCCAGGGGAGGAGACUAUUAUGAAUGUACCUGGAUUCUGGCUGGUCCGCAGGGAAAACAUGGAAUAUUUCCCCCGCGGCAGCAGCUACUGGGACCGCUGCAUUGUCGGCGGUUACCUCUCGCCUAAAGUCGUAAAUGAGACAUUUGACAGAGCCUUAUCAGGGACAAUCAACUGGCCAGCCAUAGGCAGCGUCCUGGACCUUGUCAUUCGACCAGUGGUCCCUUCCGAAAUGCUGACCUUAGAGGUUCAGUACGACACCGGUAAAAAAUUAUUUAUUGAAUUCUUGCCCCUGAUCGUGAUGGAGGAGCAUAUGCUGAUCGCCAAACCGCACCGGGAUGGACGGUAUGAAAACAUGUGGCGGCAAAGCUUCCGAACUGCGGAGACCGUCAAGUUGCGAGCUCUGGAUGAGAGGGAUGGAGGUUGUCGCUGCUGCUGCCUGAAGAUACUGAAAGCCAUCUGCAAAUCCAGCCCUGUUCUCAACAAGUUGACAGCCAGUCAGCUGACAAACGCAAUCCUCCAUGGUUGUGCAAAGGAAUCGGACUGGUCACCAGAUCGUCUAUCUGAUAAAUUUCUGAUGGUUCUCAAAGAGCUCAUAAGCUACUUGGAGCAAGGUUUCUUGCCAUGCAGUUUAGAUACCAAAGUUAAUCUGUUUUUGGAACUUAAAGAAGAAGAAAUUGAUGAGUUGGGAUACAUGUUGUACUGUUCCCUAUCUGAACCAGAAACAUUGUUAAAUACAUGAAUUAAUUUCAUAGUAGGUUCAUAAUUUGAUAUUUAUCAGGGUUCAGUGAAUUACUGAGUUUUGAGUGCAGUUAACCAUUUAAUAACCCUGUUGGCCAGGUGACUCUUCAUUUUGCAUUUCCUAAACUUGUAAUCGUGACCCGAAACAGCAUGAAAGGGGAAGUAAUGAUCUUGUGGAAAGGACUUCCAGUGUUGUUUACUACUUUAAAAAAGGCAAUUAGGCUUGGGCUGAAUGGUAUUUUGUCCUUUUAAUGAACCCAAUGUGAAAUGAAUGUUCACAUUUCCCAUAAUACUGAAAAUGUAAAGAUUUAAAGUAAAUGUCACUUCGAAAGGCUUGAGCAGAAUUUUCAAAAUUGUUGCUGUCAAUAAAGCCAAUUUGACUGAGUUCCAAUAA